UGGUACGUGUAGUAGAGGAGUAUAUACAUGGGCAAUCAUGUGAUACCUUGGUAUAGUAAGGGGAGUAUAUUUGUUGACAAUCAUGUGAUAUUUAGGAAUACUGUGUUAGCCUGUCCUCAACCCAACACUCUUGCUUAAAGUAUGAAAAGUUUUAGGUCACCCUAUUUUGUUUGCACUGCAUCCUUCAGCUAUGGUAAAGGUAUUCAGGAUGUUGCAUUUGCCUGUCCUUCAUCCCAGGUUCUUUUUAAAAGUACGAAAAGGUUAGGAUCCCUUUUCCUAAUGUGAGAGUGAGAGUACUGUCUGUAUGUCACACAGUAUGAAUCAGCCUGUGGAGUGAUAGUCACCUGGCCCUACUUCAUCAUCGCCAUAAUCCUUGGCUCUGUUCUCUUUCUCAACCUCUGGCUGGGUGUCCUCACCAGUGUGUUCAUUGGUGUGAGUGAGAGACAAGAGACAGAAACAAACAUACGGCAGUUGAAAGAGACGAAGAAAAAUGAAAAGGAUCUUGAAAACUACCGCAAGUGGAUCCAGAAAUCACUGGAUAUGGAUCUGCCCAGUGAGAGCGGAAGCAUAGGAAGACGUCAGUCAAUACCACUGGCACCGUUAUGGCUGGCAGUCAGCAGGGACAGGAAGGGAGGCUAUGACUCUGAUGAUGAACACUAUCUUGACGCAGAGCUGGACCUCCAGCGGAGGAUGAGCAGUGGCGAGGGCCAGCGAGAGAGACUGGCAGGAAAAUACUCCUGGUUGGAUGUGAAAGAGAGGGUGACAAAGGCAAGAACGGUUGCUCUGGAUGUUGUCAAAUCUCGACCUUACAUCUUCCUGAAGCUCCUGGUUCUAGCAACCAACCUGCUCCUCCUCAUGUCCCUCCAUUUCCCUCUCAUCCCAGCCCUCGAUCGCACCGUCUUCAUAUUCAACUACGUGCUCUCGUGUUUCUUCAUUCUGGAGAGUCAGCUGAGUCUGUUUGCCCUGGGUCCACGGAGGUACUACGCCUCCCAAUUCCACCGCAUGGACACAGUGCUGAACAUUUUGAACUUUGUGGACCUGGUACUGAUCCCUGUUUGGGUCGCUACCACUUCAGUGCCAUCAUCAAUGCCUGCAGGAGCAUCAAACUCAUCAAGAUCUUCAAAUACACUCGGUACUGGGUGUCGAUGAAGCAGAUCAUCCACACAUUCUCCCGUCUGAUGUCCCUCAGUCUCAGCCUCAUGGCUCUUGUGGUCCUCUUCCUCUUCAUGUACACCAUCGUUGGCCACAGGCUCUUUGGGAAAAAACUGGAUGUGGACCAUAAUGUGGGGCUGCCUAACUUUGACAAUCAGCUAACAUCUUUUCUACUUGUCUUUCAGUUAAUGACAACUGAAGACUGGCACAAUGUGUACCACACCUCCAGUCGAGCAUGGCUGAGGGUUCCAUCGUCAGUUGUAUACACUCCUGUCUACUUCACCUCUGCCAUCAUGUUGGGAGGCUUUGUUCUGCUGAGCAUCUUCCUCUCGAUUGCGGUGGACAAGCUGUCGGAGGUUAAGUCCGUGGAGCAGGAAGAGGGGAGAGAGGUGGAGCAGAAAGACCGCCAGAGAGUCUACAGAAAGAGGCAGAUCCAUGCCCUCAAGCACCCCGAACAAGGAAGCCUUUACCGCAAGACCCUGCGCAGCGCCCGUCGGCUCUUUGACGGAAUCCGGGUGGACAACAACCAGAAGAAGGACUGGCGAAAGCCGUUUGCUACCUCAAGCCAUGCCCCUCUCCAUCGAGCAUUCAGCACCAGGAGCAACACCGGUCCUCGUGCGGCCGAGUUCAGUGAGCACCUCUCACCAAAGAAGGAACGAAAGCAGUUGAAUCCCCUGCGGUCUAUGAUGAACCCUCUUUCCCACAUUGUGGAGAGGGAAGACCCAGCGAGCAGAGGAGUUGCUCUGAGAGAGAGACAGAAGGGAUCUAUUGAGGAACUUGACAUCGACCGCAGGUCUAGUGGACAUAGUCAAUCCAGCAAGCAGCAGGCAGCGAGCGUAACGCUGGAAGAAGUGCAACUUCCAAAGAAGAUUCGGAGAACAACAUCGACCCCGGAUACCCCACUGUCACACGAAGGCUCGGAUGCCCCUCACUCUGCCUCAUACGAACGGAUACAGUCCCUCCCCUUUGACCCCAGCCCAACCUCCCGUGUUCCUCCCGAGCAAACGACACAAGAGACAUUGGUGAAACUUGAGACCAUUACCGAAGGCAGUGUGGGUUCCACGGGAGACGAAUCUCCCACCAGUAAACUUGAAACAGCUACCAGGAGAGAUAUUACAGACCAGAGCAGGUUUUUUUCACUCUUUGGCACUAUUAUCACAAAUGCUGGGUGCAAAAAAAACAAAAAAUAACUCCCCUAGGUGGGACUCUGACUAAUAAAACUAGGCAAGCCAAGCGCUUUUCUUACUGAGCUAGCUACCAAGGCAGGACAGCAGAGCUUGAAGUCAAUUCAACAGCCAAACUCUGUGCAUUGUGGGACAGAAAAGCCAUGUGACAUACUUGUUCCUCUCCUUCAGCCAGUCAGAGGAUGGUGAGAGGAGGAUCCAGGGGAGGGAGGGGGUUGGGCGACCUUGCCCCCUCUCCCCCAAUGUCCCUCCCUCACCCACUGAGAGAGACGUCACCUUGAGGAGGACCCACGGACAGAGCUCCCUAGAGAAUGUAAUCCACAGGAGAAGUCGAACUGAAAGGGAAGGAGAGUCUACUGACAGAUUCCCAAUAAGUGGGUCGAAAUGGAGAUGUAAAAAGCAAGUCAACUUGCGUUAUCGCCUAUAGACUGUCAAUUACAUGUAUUGUUCCUCUCUCUCGUCGUGUGUAUAUGUAUAUAUAGUACUGAGGAUGUGGCGCUGGUUCACUGACUAUAUUGGCACCAUUCAAUUUGACCCCACCAAGGAGCUUGCUGAGAUCCCUGACCAUUCAGCCUUCUUCAUCCUCUCCCCCGACAACAGUUUUCGUGUGUUCUGCUACAAGCUGGUGCGCUCCAAGGCAUUCAACGUGGUCACCUAUGUCACCAUCUUCCUCGGCAGUGUGCUCCUGACUCUGGAGAUCCCAGUUACCACCUCUCUCAAUGAUGGCUCUCUCUUCUGCCUCAUACAGGAUGUGAUCAUUUUUGUGGAUCUGGUGAUUGUCAUCUACUUCCUUGUCGAGAUGUUCCUCAAGAUGACAGCUCUGGGGGUGCUACUGCAUCGUGGCUCAUACCUACGGGGCUUUUUCAACAUCAUCGACUUUGUCAUCACCGUCAUGUCCCUCAUACCCAUUAUAUCCUAUUUCUACAGACUGACCUCAUCCAAUGCAACAGAGUGUCUGGCCUACAGCUACCAGGAGACACUGGUGCCUGUCUACCUGGCCACUCUGAGGGUGUUCCGGGUCUUCAGACCUAUGAGAGCCAUUCGUAUCUCCGCCUUCUACAUUGUGGUGACUGGGCUGUUGUCAUCAAUCAAAUCCAUCGGAAGGAUUCUUGUCAUCUGUGUACUUGUCAUGUCCAUCUUUGCCAUCAUUGGAACCAUUCUCUUCCGGGGCUCUUUCUUCUACUGCACGGAUCCCAAUAAACCGACUGAGAGAGAGUGCAAGGGCCAUUUCUUUACUUAUCCUACUGGAGAUCUGUCCUGCCCUGAGCUGAAUGAGAGGCAGUGGUUGAGACACGGGCUGAACUUUGACAACUUUGGCCAGUCAUUCCUGACCCUCUUCUCCAUGAUCACUUCUGAAGGCUGGCAAAUAGUGAUGUACAAUGGCUACAACUCAAGGCUGUUCCAAGACACCAAUGAGCCAGUGGGGCCACGACCAAACUCCUCGCCCUACGCCUUCAUCUUCUUCCUCCUCUACAUGUGCAUCAUGACCCUUGUCCUCCUCAACAUGUUCAUUGGUUUCGUAAUCGUCACAUUUCAGGAGGUCGGCAUCAAGGCCUUCAGAGAGUCCAAACUGGACAGGAAUCAGAGAAACUGUCUGUACUUUGCCUUGACGACAAAGCCCCAGUUUCGCUAUGUGCCAAAGUUCAGAUGGCAGGAGAGGCUGCUGGAGGUGACUAGACACCCUGUCUUCUCUCUCUUCAUCAUCAUCUCUCUCAUCUGUAACUCAAUCAUCCUAUGCCUCCAGACCAUAGAGGCUGCAAAGGAGACUGUUUACUGGAUUAAUUUCUUCUUCACUCUCUUGUUCACUGUCGAAGCUAUUCUGAAGAUGACUGCCCUUCAUCCUGUGAAUUAUUUCAAGAAUUUGUGGAAUUUUCUUGAAUUCCUCUCUACAACUGGAGCACUGCUAGAGUUCAUUCUUCAGCAGACGGUCAUUAGCGAUGGCUCUGAUUUCCGGUACAGCCAUUUUGCCAGCUCAUUCCGAGUGCUGUGGCUACUGAGAUUUGUUCCUCAAGUUCGUCUCAUUAUGUGGACUGUCAUCAAAUCACUAGAGAUAUUUCCCUGGGUCGGUCUUCUGUUGCUGGUGGUUGUGUUUACCUUUGCUGUCAUAGGAAUGCAGGUGUUUGGGACCAUCAAGAGAGCUCCAAUUGAGUCAUCGAUGGAGUACCCAGGAAACCACAUCACUCAGUACAACAACUUUGCCAACUUUCCUCAAGCUCUCCUUGUAAUGAUCAGAGUGACAACGGGAGAGAACUGGCAAGAAGUGAUGCUGAGCUGCAAGAAGAACAGCCCCUGUGAAAGCAAACCAGAGCACAACUGCGGCAGUGAUGCCACCUACUUCUUCUACCCAUUCUUCUACGCCAUUGCUUCUAUACUAUUCCUGAAUCUGUUUGUGGCAAUCAUCAUUGACAACUUCGACUACCUUGUGAAGGACAAGUCGGUCCUGGGCGCCCAUCAGUUGAGCACUUUUGUCAAACUGUGGUCCAUAUACGAUCCCUCUGCAAGUGGUGAGCUGUUACCGGAGGAAGUGAUAAAGCUGCUGAAACAGUGUAAUCCUCCAGUUGGAUGGGGCAUUCUGUGUCCCAGGAUUGUUGCAUACCGAAAAAUGAUGGAUCUGAACAUGCCACUGGUGGAUGAGAAGGUGACAUUUCACGCUACUCUCUUUGGACUGGUGAAGACUUCCCUUGACAUUGGUUGCUCAGGUUGCUUAGAGUGCCUGCACAAGUGCAAUGUUGAGCUGAAAGAGAAGCUGAGGGUGCUCUUUCCAACUUGUGAGCAGAGGAUCCUGGACCAAGUCCUGCCCGUGGAAGAUGUUUCAACUGUGAGACGUGGCUAUGCUGUUCACCUUAUCCAAACAAGAUGGAGGGCAUUUGUGCGCAAGAGGAACGAGACCAUUCAGAUAUUCCAAGGAAGAGAGAGGAGAAGUCUUAUAGCUGGCCAGAGGAGGCUGCCAGAUGCUGGUCCUGAGCUGCUGGAAAGAAAACUUUCAGAUUUCGAGCUCGAAGAACACUCAAUUCUCCACUCACCCCCUCAGGGAUCACGGAAGUCAUCAGUGAGUGGUGUCAGAACGAUGACUCCUGCUAGUCUCACGGGCUAUAGAUUCUCUUUUGACCAAACUCACGAAGAGAGGCCACUAUCAGGGAGAUGGGGGGAGUUUGAACUAACAUCCCCCCCACUUGCUGAAGACCCCUCGUUUUCUCCACAAUUGAGAAGACAGAAUGAGUUUUCUGGAGAGCAUGAUCCUGAUCCAUUUGAGGAACGAGAAGAUGAUGAACAAUCUGAACUUUCUUUCAGCUCAGCAUUUGGCACUCCUACUACCAAUCCACAUUUAAUCACCCAUCAUCAUAGAGAGACUACUGUAUGAUCACAUUAUCACGUCACUCGUACACGUACAAUCUCUAUUAUGUACAUACAUACAUACAAACAUUUAAAGACACCCAUUCAUAAAGUUUUAGAGUCUGUCAAACAUUUCUCUGCUGGGAUGGGGGUUGGCGGUCUCUCUCUACAUGAAAAUAGUCCAAGAUUGUUGUUUUUAUUUUCUUGUUCAGUGCGUAAUACGCUGUCAGUCGCCUCUGCUUUCUCUGCUUUAGUUUCCUGGCAGGUUUAUUAGCCAAGUGUUUUGAGUAGACUGGUUCAAUUCUUUUGGCCUUCAGUAGUUGCCUGUGUCUCUCACAGUCUCUAGCAAUAUCUACACGAUUUAUGCCAAUGAGCAUUUCUCGUAGGAAGGCCAUGCCUCUGGCAUCAGGGCUAAGCAGUCCCCGUUUCUCCAGAGAACGGAAUAAGUCUAGUACCAUGGGUACUGUAUCGCGACCAGCCGGUGGAUAUUUUUUGCCAUACGUGUAGUAAAGCAUGUGGGCUUC